AUGACAAUUCUUUAUUACUACUAUCCCAAUGUAGAUUAUAAGUCAAAUAAAAUUAUCAAACUUCUCCGUGUUAAAUAUGAUGAAGCCAAAAGAAAAAAACAAACACCUAAAGCAUCUGCUGCUGCCGAUGAAGUUAAUUAUGAAUUCGAUAUAAAUGUUAUCACUGAAAGGAUGGCAGAAAGAUGCUUUGAAAUGUUUUCUGAAGGAAACAAGAAUAGAAAUUUCUGUCUUAAAUUUGGCAGUAAAAAUAUAGGCUCAAAAGUUGGAAAAAAACGAAAGGUUCAGGCAGGCAAAAAAUCUCAUCCCAACAAAAAAACUAGAUUGAUAAGCAACAUAAUUCAUAACUCUAAUCAAACAAAUAAUCCUCAGGAAUUACGUCAUAAUUAUUCCAUCCUUGAAAGCCAAUUUGUGGGCAACAAUGAUGGGAGUAGCUCUAGUUUUUUGGGAUCUGGCAAAGAAACUAGUAUGAAUGCUAUUAGAGUUGAUAAUGUAUUGCCAGAAGUUAAUGGAGAAAACGCUGAAGGAGGUUUACCAAGCAAGUUUUGAUUAAACAUUAUAUUAU